AAACAAUAUAUUGGUUUUACUUAAUGAUGUGACAAAUUUUUAAUUGACUUUUAGGAAAUCAAGAAUGGCGAUUAAAAAUGGCCAUUAGUAAACUUGAAGAGAAACUUCAAAAUAAACUUGAAAGCAGAAAAGUUGUUGGCAGGGUAAGUGAUGUUGUCCAUCAAACACCUCCACUACAUAUUAGUGCCAGAAGAGUAACUUUUCCAUGGCAGAGAGGCUUUAAAAUAGGUGAAGGACGAUUUGGAAAAGUAUAUACUGCUGUUAAUAAUCUCACUGGUGAAUUAAUUGCCAUGAAAGAGAUUCGUCUUCAACCAAAUGACCAUAGAGCCAUUAAAGAAGCUAUGGAUGAAAUCCGUACAUUUGAGGGUAUCAAGCACCCAAACAUUGUACGAUACUAUGGUGUGGAAAUACACAGGGAAGAAAUGUUAAUAUUUAUGGAAUACUGUAAUGAAGGAUCAUUGGAAAGUGCUUCACAACUUCAUUUGCCCGAAACUCUAGUUAGAAAGUAUACAAGAAAGUUAUUAGAAGCAGUGAAUGUUCUACAUGAACAUGGCAUAGUUCAUCGUGAUAUAAAAAGUGCAAAUGUUUUCUUAACUUCUGAUGGGAAUUUAAAACUUGGUGAUUUUGGAUGCUGUAUUAAAUUAAAAAAUCACACCACAAUGCCUGGAGAAUUAUGUAGUUUUGUAGGAACGCCAGCUUAUAUGGCUCCUGAAAUAUUUACAAAAAGCAUAACAGAAGGACAUGGUAGAGCAGCUGAUAUUUGGAGUGUAGGAUGUGUUGUUCUUGAAAUGGCAUCAGGAAGAAGACCCUGGCAUGAUUUAGAAAAUAGUUAUCAGAUAAUGUUUCGUGUCGGAAUGGGUGAAAUCCCAAAUAUUCCAGAAUCACUUAGUGAUGAAGGACGUGACUUCUUAAAUCAUUGUCUACAACAUGAUCCUCAUCAAAGAUGGACAGCUAGCAUGUUAUUAGAUCAUCCAUUCACAAAAGUAAUUGAAGAUGAUGACAUUAUAUGAAAUUCAUCAAUAUAGACUAAUGUAAAAAAGUUAUUUCAUAAAUCCAAAAAUGAAAUUAUUUAUGAGGAAAAAGGGCUGAAAAUCCAUUAAGUAUUUAUUCUUAUGCAAAUUCAAUCAAAUGAUAAAAAUUUUUAUAAAAAGAAGACUGUUAAAAGUUGUAAGAUAUAAAUAAAUUGUUGAAAUUAUAUUUAUUGUAUGUACUAUAUAUAUCGUUUCUAUUAAUGUUUGAGGAGAACUUUCAUUUGUAAAUACAAUAUUUUAGAAUAUCUGCAAAUAAUCUGGUCUUCCAUAAUUUAUUCUUAUGUAAAAAUAUUUAAUUAUAAGUUAUUAAAUGAAACAAGUAGUACAUUUA